CUUCAGAGAACUCCAAUCUCAGAGUAACAUAUGUCAGUGUCGGAGCAAAGGAGAUGUCUGCUGUGCACAGGAGAUGAAGUUAGCUCUGGCAGAGUGAUCAGUUUGGAUAAAUCUCUGACUCAAGCUGCUUUGGGGGUAUUUUGUAGACGUCUUAUAAGGAAUCAGAUGAUCCUGGCCCACACUUUGUUCCAGUGUGUUUGUUACCAUCCUGAAGAGUUCCAGAUAAUCACAAGUGGAACAGACAGAAAUAUUGGAUGGUGGGAGGUAUUUGAUGGUUCUGUGAUCAGAGAACUGGAAAGCUCUGUGAAAGUUUCCAUUAAUGGGAUGGACAUUACAUGUGAUGGGACUCACUUUGUUACAGGCGGUGAUGACCAUCUGGUGGAAGUGUGGGAUUAUGAUACAGGUGAGGUGACUCAUGUUGGUGUGGGUCACAGUGGCAGCAUCAGGCGACUCAAGAUCUGCCCUGGGAACAAGUACAUCAUGAGUGUGAGUGCAGAUGGUGCUACCCUGCAAUGGAAGCACCCACACUCACACUAACAGUCGGCACAGAAA